UAAAGCAGCAGCCGGAAAAAAAAAAAAAAACGCUCGAAGAAAAAAGAAAAAAGAGCAAACGAAGACGAACCUGCAAAAAAAAUCCUGCAGUCUCUCCACUGACACUUUCCGAUCUUUCUCCCUUCUCCAAUCUUCAGUUUAUGGAAGAAGAUAGUUAGUAUUUCUCUAUGCAUCCGAAGCGAUCAAGUCAAGGAGAUGGGGAGGAUAUUAAGCCUGUUAGAAGCAGCGAUAGGCUUAGGAGGAGGCCUAGAUUGUCUGGUCGCUCAUGCUAUUAUUACUCACCAAACAUGGUACAUAAUAGGAAAAGGAACACAAAGACGAGAACGGCAGCUUCGCAGAUCGCAAAGAUGCUUCAUAAAGGGAACAAGCCAGCACGGGCGUCAAACGCUGCGCCAGAUGCAUCUGACCUCCGGCGCUCCACAAGGAAGAGAAGAAUUUCUGUAAAUCUUGAAGACUAUACUGACAGUUCUGGAGCGGAGGAUGAAGAUAUGAUGAGUCCAGCAUAUCGAACUUUGAGGAGUAGGGUCAAUAAUGGAGUUCAUCGAAAUUUCUCAACUUCAAAAAGUAGAAAGACCAUGGAAGCUGAAUCGGCACCACGACGUGAAGGCCUUCGUCCUCGUCGUUCAAAGAUACUUGCUAAUAAACGACUGAAAUUAGAAUCUGGCAUCAAUCGAGAUACAUCAGAAGAGAAAGAUGGCCCAGAUGAAACCGAGAACGGAAAUGAACUAGAUGACCAUGACGCUGAUGAUGGUGAAAAUGAGGUUGAGGCCGAAGACGAGGCUAAUGGAGAAGAUGAGGAAGAAGAAGAUGGUGAUGAUGAUGAAGAUGCUGAUGAGGAACAGGAGGGAAGAAAGAGAUAUCAUCUGCGAAACCGUGAUGAAGUGCGUAGGAUGCCUACAGAAGAAAUUAAUAAGCAACAACAACCUAGAUCUCCUCGGAGAGCCUUGCAUCAAGGCAUGGGCACCAGGUCUGGUAGGGAUGUCAGAAGAGGCGGGUCUCGACCCCACAAGCGCCACCGCUUUACAAGAACAGAUGAUUCAGAUGAUUCUCUUCUUGUGGACGAACUGGACCAGGGCCCUGCAAUUCCCUGGGCUCGAGGUGGAAACAGGUCUGGACCACCUUGGCUAUUUGGGGGUUUGGACAUCCACGGGUCAAGUUCAUUGGGGCUGAAUGUUGGAGCUUCUGGUUGGGGUCACCAGAGUGAUGGUUUAACUGCAUUAACUUCCGGGGUUCAGACUGCUGGGCCAAGCUCUAAAGGAGGUGCAGAUAUUCAACCACUGCAGAUUAAUGAGACUAUAAAUUUUGACGAAAUUGGUGGGCUGUCCGAAUACAUUAAUGAUUUGAAGGAAAUGGUUUUCUUUCCGUUACUGUACCCAGAGUUUUUUGCAAGUUACAACAUUACUCCGCCCAGAGGGGUACUGCUGUGUGGUCCUCCAGGCACUGGUAAAACACUGAUUGCUCGAGCAUUGGCAUGUGCUGCUUCGAAAGCUGGACAGAAAGUUAGCUUUUAUAUGCGGAAGGGUGCUGAUGUCCUUAGCAAGUGGGUUGGCGAGGCUGAGAGACAACUAAAGCUACUCUUUGAGGAGGCUCAGCGAAAUCAGCCAUCGAUAAUUUUUUUUGAUGAAAUUGAUGGUCUUGCUCCUGUAAGAUCUAGCAAACAGGAACAAAUACACAAUUCUAUUGUUUCAACUUUGCUGGCGCUGAUGGAUGGCCUUGACUCACGUGGUCAAGUUGUUCUCAUUGGAGCAACAAACAGGGUAGAUGCAAUAGAUGGAGCAUUACGUCGCCCUGGUAGAUUUGAUCGAGAGUUCACCUUUUCUUUACCAGGCUGCGAAGCAAGAGCUGAAAUAUUGGAUAUUCACACUCGAAAAUGGAAGAAUCCUCCUACUAGGGAACUGAAAGAGGAACUGGCUGCUAGUUGUGUAGGGUAUUGUGGUGCUGAUCUAAAAGCGUUGUGCACUGAAGCUGCCAUUCGUGCUUUUCGUGAGAAAUAUCCACAAGUUUAUACCAGUGAUGAUAAAUAUGCCAUAGAUGUUGGAUUGGUUAAAGUUGACAAAAGCCACUUCGUAGAGGCAAUGUCAGCUAUAACUCCUGCUGCCCAUAGAGGGUCCGUUGUGCAAUCCAGACCACUAUCUCCGGUUGUAUUGCCAUGUUUACAUCGACACCUCCUUAAAUCCAUGAGUUUAAUAUCAGAUAUUUUCCCCUCGUCAGCCAUGUCAUCAGAGUUGACCAAGCUGUCAAUGCUUUCAUUUGGAUCCGCAAUUCCUCUCGUUUAUCGUCCUCGCCUUCUGCUGCUUGGCGGUGAAGGAGUUGGACUGGAUCAUCUUGGACCUGCUAUUUUACAUGAGCUAGAAAAGUUUCCUAUUCAUUCUCUGGGACUUCCAUCUCUUCUUUCGGAUCCUGGUGCCAAGACUCCGGAGGAGGCGUUAGUACAUAUAUUUACUGAAGCUAGGAGAACAACACCUUCAAUACUUUACAUACCAAUGUUUAAUAAUUGGUGGGAAAAUGCGCAUGAACAGCUUAGGGCUGUAUUUCUGACCUUGUUAGAAGAAUUGCCAUCAAAUCUGCCCAUAUUGUUACUUGCUACAUCUUAUGGUGAAUUAUCUGACAUUGAAGACCAGUCAGUAUUUGACAAUCGAUCAGUCUAUACUGUGGACAAACCAUCAAGCGAAGACAGGUCUUUGUUCUUUGACCGAUUGAUUGAAGCUGCUCUCUCAGUCAUUUCAGGCGUGAAUGGCAAUGCUGAUGGAUCCCAAGCCCUUCCAGAACUUCCAAAGGUUCUAAAAGAACCUACUGGUCCAAAACCCGCAGAAAUAAAAGCCAAGGUGGAAGCAGAGCAGCAUGCCCUUCGACGAUUGCGUAUGUGUCUCAGAGAUGUUUGCAAUAGGAUACUAUAUGAUAAAAGAUUCAGCGCAUUCCACUUCCCAGUUACUGACGAGGAUGCUCCAAACUACCUCUCAAUAAUUCAAAAUCCAAUAGAUACGGCUACUCUGCUGCAGCGUGUCGAUGCUGGGCAGUACCUCACUUGUUCGCCUUUCUUGCAAGAUGUUGAUCUCAUUGUGAAAAAUGCCAAGGCUUACAAUGGAGAUGACUAUGCUGGAGCGAGAAUUGUCAGUAGAGCCUAUGAGCUUCGAGAUGUAGUGCAUGGUAUGCUGUCUCAGAUAGACCCAGCACUGCUAACAUAUUGUGAUAAGAUCGCAGCUGAAGGUGGUCCGUCACAGAUACCAGAUGACCUGAGUGGAUCUAUCCUUGGUUUAGCUCCUGUGGUGCAGAUGGGGACUGUUACUAGAUCAAGUGCCCGACUUCGAAAUCUACAGCCAGAGGUUAAUAUAGAUCGAGAUUAUGAAGGUCUUAAAAAGCCCAAGAAAACAGCUGAUGCUGUCUGUACAGAUUCUGCUGCAGACAAACUACAACACCAAGAUCCAGACGUAGAAAUGACAUCUGUGGAAGCAGGCAAUUCAAACUCAUCACCUCCUUGUUCUGCAGAUGGUGAUAAAGAAGAUCAAAGCGAGCAGGCACCGAGAAAAGAGGAGGAGACUUGUGCGGAAGAAGGGAGUGGUGACUGUAGUUCCCGAGAUUCAGUGAAGUCAGACGAAGGCAUUUUAAGCGGGGUAGAAUCUGUGAAGGGAGUGCUCAUGGAGCGUACUGAGAACUACAGCAUUCCGCAGAUGGAGAGGGUUUAUACUCGAAUCAUGAAGGGUGUUCUUGAGACUUUGGACAAAGGGCUUGGUGAUGAUGAUCAAAGCCCUAAGCAUUCAAUUUUGAGAUUUUUAUCGGAAUUCGCCCAGCAUAAGGCGAAUUUCUGAGGGUUAACUUUUUCUCAUAUCGGUCACUAGGUUAUAGAUUUGCUAAGGAAAGAACGAAAGGAACCAAAGUUUUUUUUUUUUCAAAUACUGAUUUUGUCCUUGACUGGAAAAGUUGCAAGAACAAAAAAGUAGUUCAUCAGUAGAAUCUUCUUGUAAAGUUAAACUUGCACCAUUUAUAUCUAAAACAAGUUCAAAAGCCA